AUGAACGAAUUCAUUGAAAGAAUUCGUCAUUAUAAUAGUGCACAAAUAUGUGGCUUAGUUUGGAAUGCAAAUGUUAUUGCAUACCGAUGUAAAACAUGUUCGAUAUCACCAUGCAUGAGUAUAUGUGCUCAAUGUUUUCAAAAUGGAAAUCAUGAAGGACAUAAUUUUAAUAUGUUUAAAAGUCAAGCUGGUGGAGCAUGCGAUUGUGGAGAUGCAAGUGUUAUGCAUGCAUUCGGAUUCUGUUGUUUUCAUGGUGAAAAUCGACCUAAAACACAAAUGGUACCACGUGAAUUAAUUUGUUGUGCUGAAUUAUUUGUUCCAUAUUUAUUAAAAGUUUUCAUACGUGCUCUACGUAUGAGUGCCAUUAGUGGCGAUAUAGUAACGGACGAAAAGCUACUUGAAAUACUCAAUCAGUUAUCCAAUGGUGGUUCAGCAAUACAAAUGUAUAUAACACAUGCUUUAACUGAUAAAAAGCUUUAUGAAGAAUUCAUUACUGACCCAUCGAUGGUAAAACUUUAUCAGUAUGAAUAUUUAACUGCUGAAACUGCAGCGCUACCCGUGACAUAUUUUGUUGAUUCAUUAAUCAAUGAUUCAACGGCACAUAGUUUAAUACCAUUCGAUACAAGUAUUCGUACGAUGCUUGAUGAAAUUAUGAUGUGGUGUGUUACAGCAGGUUUACCAGAAGCACUUAUACGAUUUUUACUUAGUUUAUUACCUGAUUUUAAUUUUAAACUUUUAUUUACUGAAACAUUUUUACGCUUCUACGGUGUUAUAGCUCAAUCACUUAUUGGUGAAUCACUUGCGGAAACCAGUGAGAUACCAUCACGUCUUGUUCACAUUAGUGUACAAUUAUUUUCCUCAAAUAUCAUUGCUGAAUAUGCUAUGGAAAAAUGUCAUUUAAUUGAAGUUAUACUCUCAUGUAUAUGGCAUAUGUUUGUACCAUCAGUGGAUCAUGAUAAACCUGAUGAUGAUGACGACGAUGAAAACAUACUCAAAACACAUCCGUUAGCAUUAACCAACGACGCAAAUACUGGUAUGGUUGUAGAUGUUGAACACCGUUUAAUAGUAAAAAAUGUCUAUUGGCCAUUAUUAAGUGAUUUUGUUAAUAUAUUAUCUCAAGAAAAAAUCGCUUUUACAAUACUUGAAAAUAAAAGAUAUCUAAUUUUAUGGUUACGAUUUCUUACAUUGUUUCAAGGUAUGAAUGUUAAUGAACGUGUGCUAACUCAACAUGUUGAAUAUGAACCACAGGCAUAUAUGUAUGCAUUUACAAUUGAACUUGAAAUAAGUGCAGCAGCGAUGUGGUGUUUUGUUGGUCAUCUAAAACCAAAUUAUUCAUCAGAAAAAUUAAUUUGUAUUAUUAAACAAAUUAUUGAUAGUAUUAAUGAUUGGCUGCGAUCAUUAAGUUUCGAUUCAAAGCUUAUGGAUGAUUGGAAACUGACAUUUCAUUUACCAUUACAUCGUUACUUAUCUGUAUUUACUUAUAAUGCUAUACAUCAAUUUAAUAUUGAUCCAUCAUCAUUUUUACCUGUUAAUGAUCAAAAUACUCUUUUGAAUUUAAUGUUUUGUCCAUUGAGAACAAUUUGUGGAUAUUAUGAAGUUUUAUCGAGUAUUUGGCUACGCAAUGGAGAACAAGUAACUGUUCAAGCAAAAACCUAUGCAAAAAGUGCCUUUUCAUCAUCAAUGCAUGACGCAGAUCUGUUUCUCUUACAAUUAAUCUCGUGUUAUGUUGAACCGAAUCUAUUCAUCGAGACUUUUCUUAAAAGAUUUCAUGUUUACUCAUGGCUAUUUCAUUCAAAAACUGCAUCAAAUUUAGAUUCAUCACAACAAAUAUCAAUGUUAGAAAGUGCUUUAAUAGCAUUAUGUGCCAUUAUUGGUUUUCAACCAAAUCUUGCUGUUCGUGAAGCGAAACACAUACGAUCUGAAAUUGUAACAACAUUAGCUGUAGCCGAUCGAUUAUAUAGUGAAGUCGAAGAGAAUGUUCCUGAUCCAUCACCAUUGAGUGCUAAUCGAAGAGACAUUGAAGUUAUUCUUCAACAAGUAUCUGAUUUUCAAACACCUUCGGUUGAAUUAAUGGGUCAUUUACAACAAGGCAAAUACACAAUUAAAGAUACAUUAUUCAAAACUGAAUAUGAUCCAUUACACGUAUUAAUGCGAUGUACAAAACGUUCACAAUUUCAAAAUUCACUUGAACGUUUUACAAACUAUGUUAAACGUGAAGGUUUAUUUAAAUCUGAUUAUUCGAUUUGGCCACCAUUUCGUAUACCUUCAUAUGAUCAUCAACAAAUGUCAAAUGUUCAAAAUAGUUUACGAUCUGGCGUUCUGCAUCACUUUUUAUUUUUAUGUUUACAUGCUUAUUUAAACGACAAAUCCAUCACGGAAAAUAUUCUAUAUUUCACAAUAUACCUUCUUGAAUUGUCAAUAAUUAAUGGUGAUAACCGUUCACCAAUGGCAGUUGAUGAAAAUUCAGAAGACAUUGCUGCAUUCAAAACAAACAAUAUUUUCACCAAUAUUUGUACUCGAGUUUUCAUAUCGUUUAAUCCACUAAAAAAUGAACAAGAAACAGAAAGUAUCAUUACACUUCUACUGAAAAUUCUUCACAAACAACGUUCAAAUGACUUCUUUGAUCUGAUCACUAAUAUUUGUCCACAAAAAGCAACUAAUCCAAAGGAUACGUCACGUAUUGGCGAUAGAUUUCAUUUUAUUACAAAUAUAUUUUCUUUAUCGUCACAAAUGAAUGAACAAUGUCGUACGACCAUUACACAAGAAAUCGAAAAAUUCAAAACUCAAUUUCAUCAACAACAACCAACGACUACAAAGUCGGCUGAUUUAACAGCCGAACAAAAACGACAACGAGCAAAAAAUCGCCAAUUAAAAUUAUUAGCUGAAAUAGCUGAAUCACAAAAGAAAUUUAUUAGUCAACAAAAUUCAGAUGAAAAUGUGAUGAAGGCAGGUGCAUCACCAUCAUUAUUUAAUGAACAUUUUUCAAGCGAACAAGCAGCAAGUACAGGAGGAGCAGCGUCCAGCAUGUCGAUUCAUACUCAAAAUCUAAUCGAAUACGAAUGCUGUAUAUGUCGAUUAACGAAAACUGACAGUCACUCACCGAUUGGUCUUAUUGGAACAUCAUGUUUAUCACUUUUGCCUAGUCUAGAAUUUGCACAUCUAGAUGAACAUGAACAGAAAAUUUUAUCGUACAGUUCGAAUAAAAUGUCUCUGGAAACCUAUUUAAGUAUAACAAAACAAAAUUUAACACUGAUUAGUGGGCAUCCGUAUAUUGCAAAUUAUUGUCAAAAUGAUCAUCAUCUCCGUUCAUUACUUAUUCAGUCGUGUGGUCAUUCGAUUCAUGUCGAUUGUCUUUCAUCGUAUCUUAAAGCAUUACAUCCGAAUCAAGAAGCCGCUGAAGUAUCGAUUAAUAAUCUUCUUCCAUCGAAUACAAAUUUUCGUUGUCCACUUUGUCGUCAGACAGCUAAUGCGUUAAUUCCAUUAUUUGAUGUUAAUGAUUAUUUAAACAUAGAAGAUAAUAAACAAAAUCUAUCACUUAUUGAACGACUCCAUCAAGCAAUGAUGAAUCCAUCACGUCCAAAAUUGAAACGAUCCUCGGAUGAUAGUUGUUUACUUGCGUUUUUAUCUGGUCUCGCAGCUAAAUGUGCAUUAACAGAACAAUUAUCUCCGAAUAUUCCCAUUUUAAUACCAAAUCAUCAAUCAAUGAAACAACGUGCAGCCGAAUUCGAUUGCGGAACAUUGAGAGCUCAACUUGUACAUGAACAACUUUUCUAUGAAAGUGCAAAUAGAAUCGAUCAAAAAAACGUGCGAAAAUCAUUCUAUAAAAUUCUUCAUGAACUUCACCAUCUUGGCUAUCCAUUUUAUCAUCAGCAUCUAUGGCAAGAAUUAACUGGACUACAAUGCCCAUCGACUAUGACUGAUGUAUUCGAUCCUCAUCAACCUUUAGCACCUGUUCUUUUACGUGACUCAAUUACCAUGUUACUUCAAUUACUAAUGAGUGCACCAAUCAAUAUAACUUCUGAUGAAUUCGAUACAAUCGUUCAAAUAGUAUUUAAUAUCGAAGUUUUUAAAAAUCUUAUAACACUAGUCGUCGAGCGACCACAAGAAAAAAGAGAUUUAAAAGAUCUAAAUAGUUAUCUGGAUCUUACGAAAAAAUAUAUACAAGACAUAUUUAUCAACGAUCAAAUAAUGAAUAGAAACCCAAUCGAUGGUCCCAUUGAAACUUAUUUAAUGAAUAACAGCGUAGAAUUUUUAAAAAUUACAGCAUUAAUUAAAUAUCGAUUAUAUUCAAAAGAAAUGCCUUGGAUAACCGGCGAACCAACUUCAUCAUUAGUAUUAGCAAAGUUUUUAAAUUUAAAAUUGGAUUUAAACGGUUUAGCUAUACCAAAAUGGUUCUGUAAUGAACCAGGCGCAUUAGUAACACAUUGGUUACAGGAAUUUCAAAGAGCUGCUCAACAUCAUCGUAGUGCUAUGAAAAUACUAUGUAUUAGGCGUCCACAUUUUUAUUCUCCAGUAUUUAUUGACUUACCACCAAAAUAUGACGAUAUAUUUCAUAUGCAUAAUGAAUAUCAUUGUGAAUAUUGUAAAAAAGCGUCAUCGAAUACAUUGCUAUGCCUUAUUUGCGGUGAAUUACAUUUAAAACGUUGGCAUUCAUUGUGCUGUACUUAUCAACGACAAAGAUAUAAUCAACAUCUUUCAAAAUGUGGUCAUCCAGCUGCUGUUAUGUUGGAUGUUCAGACAACAUUGAUUACUAUUUGUUUAGCUGAUACAUAUGCUUAUUGGCAUUCACUGUAUCUUGAUCAGCAUGGUGAAGAAGAUCCUAAACUUAAACGAGGUAAAACGUUAUAUUUGAAUACGAAUCGUCUCGGCGUUCUUCGUACAUUAUGGUUAACAGCAACAUUUGAUUAUCAAAUUCAAAAUUGGUUGUCAUACAAUUCUUUGAUGCUUAGUCAUUUUGACGUAUUACUGUGA